UCACGCCAUUCCGUGGCAGCUCAGGGCUUGAAGACCACUGGGCUGUACCUUCUCCAGUUGUCUCUGUUCUGUGGUAAUGUUAACUGUAUUAAAACCUGCUUUCUGCUAUAAUUUUUUAAUGUUCUUAAAUUUUGAAGCUUGGUGCUUUUCUUUACAUACUGAAGAAAAGUUGAUAGUUGUGUCUUAAAUUAAUAUUUCAUAUUCAUAUUAUAUGGUAUAAAUACUUAUUUUUAACAGUAUAAUGUUAUCAGCCAAAUCUCCUGUUGUAUAGUGUUAAGUAAGUGUGUAGCACACAAUGCAGCCAUUCUGUGGUUUUUCACUUUAUAAGGGACAUUUGAUGCCAAGUACACUGUUGUAGUAGAGAAUGUGUCAUUGGAUGUGGGAAUGACUUGCAUUAUCUGCUUCAGAACUGAGAGUUGGGGUAUAGUUUGAAUUUUAGUUAUAAAGUGUGAGGCCACUGACCUUUAGGUAGAUUUUGCCUUUUUAGGUCUAUUAAAACAAUUUCUUCAUGCUUAUAAUUAAAAAGUGUCCAUGAAUUUAGGAAAGCUGGACCUCAAUUCUAUGAAUAAUUUUGUGAUGUUGAAGUUGGUUUUUGACCAGAAUCCAGCCCAGGAACUAGCAGUUAAAGGAAAACCAACUUCCCCCUAAUGUGAAGAGAACCUUGUGACAGAGCUGCUUAUCAUGGGUCUUCCAGAAGCCCCCGUUGAAGGAAGAAUUCGUGCUUUAUGUACCGUGUUAGAGAACUGGCUUGUCAGCUAAAGGCUACUGUCAGCAGCAUUUGGGGGUGGUUGUUUCAGUUGUUUGCCCUGUUGUGAGUGGAGUCACCAGAAUCAGUGCAUCUUACACAGGCAGCCUACAGCUAUAUUAUCCCAGAUCCUAAAGGAAAUGGCUUUGGAAAAGCAGCUGUGAGCUAGUCAUUAAGUAAGCGUUUACACGAGUGAUCUUGGAGUCAGGUGCAUGGAUGUGUGUGUAUAGAUGGAUAACUGAGUCAUCAGACACCCAAUACUCAAGAUGAUGGUAAUUGUCACCAGGAGGCAGAAAUGUGGGUUAAUUACCAGUUUCUUGACUCGGUUCAAAAUCAGUCAAAUUUAUUGGAUAGAACAGCCUCCGUGAAGCUGAGUCCAGUGAGGGUGAAAGGCAGGGGGUGGAAUAAGUGAUGAGGAUCCCUCAGGGCAUGCCUGGAGGGUAGACUUUUAUAGAAAGUCUCCUGCUUUAUAAAAUACACUAGAACAAUAAAGCACUUCUGUGGGCUGAUUGGCUUCAGGUCAAUUUGUGACUCAAGGGUAAAGUAAAUAAGGAUCAGAGCUGGUGAUGAUGGAAAAGGAUUUUAUAAAACACUGAAUUCUUAGUAUGAGUUACUUUUCAAGUAUGUUGAAUCCAGUGAUAUUUAUUAAUUGAUUGAAUUGCUUAAUUAGCCUUCUCUUACAGGCUUAAUAAACAGUUCCAGUGUUAGUGCGUUCUGCGGUUGCCUGACUAGGAUGUGACAGAGAAUUCGGUUUGUGUUUAAUUUAUAUAUGUGUGCUCUUUUUCGUUAGUUAGUGUAGUACGUGUUCCUCGAUGCCCAUCAGCAGAGCCGGAAAGUUCCUUUUGGACCUCUUCUUGCCACUUCAGCAUUUAUACACUCAGCUUGUUACACAUUCUGUGUAGAAGAACCUAGCUUGAAAUCUGUGUUAAUAUUAGACUUAGAGUGAAGAUUAUUUUUAACUCAGUAACCACAGAAAUCAUCUUUUAAAACAAAUUCUUGGCAGAGCUUACCCGGAAGAGAUCGAAGCCAGGUCACCUUUAAGGGACCUGGAAGGGAGUGUUUGGCCUCCAGAAGGGCGUCGCGAUGUGGUUCGAGGUUCUCCCCGGGAUCGCCAUCAUGGGCGUGUGCUUGUUCAUCCCGGAAAUGGCCACCGCACGCAUCCACAGGUUCAGUAACGGGGGCAAGGAAAAAAGGGUUGCCCAUUAUUCAUAUCAGUGGUAUUUGAUGGAAAGAUAUAGGCGCAUCUCUGGAGUAAACCGUUACUAUGUGUCAGUGGGUUUGGAGAACAUUGAUUAAGGAAACGUUUUCCUGGUUGAUGAAGAACAACUCAGUCAUGCUCUUCUAUCCCUGCUAGUAGAUUAUGCAGUAUAUUGUGUAGCAUGCAUUGUAUUUUGUAGUGUGUAAUAAAAA